AUGCGAUUCACCAGCGACGCCAUCUGGGCCGGGGAGAGGGGCCGGGGCUUCUCCUCUUCCUUCGUUCUCCCUUUGGAAGGCGGUUGCCUCUGCGCUCCGUCCCCUUCGCGGGUGCAGGGGCGGCUCGUGUCUCCCCCCGCUGCUGCUGCCUCUCCCCGUCCUGCCUCUUUCUUUGUUCCCCACCUACUGAAGCACGAGUUACAGGCGGUGAAGCCCAGUCCUCGGAAGCUCGGGGCAGCUGCUGGCAGGUGUGUAACUGCCGCCCGGGCACAAGACGCCCCGUCCCCCGAGCCCCCCGCCGCCCCGUGUCCAGGGCGCCUUUCCUGGCGCUGCGGGGCUCUGUCGCUGGACGCAGACCUGCUGCCUGCCGGCCCCGCCCUCCCGGGAGCGUUCGGGCGUCUCCAGCUCCUGACACGCAGGAGUCAUUAUCUCAGGUGGGCGGCAGCACCCUCAGGGCCCCGCUCCCCUGGGCCCCCGACCUCGUCCCGCCCCCGGCGAGCUCCGUGUCUCCCACCCGGGAAGCCCCGGCCUCCGUUCAGCUCUUUUGCCUUUGGAGAGGUGGCGGGACGGCGGGAUGACCGGGGCCCGGCAGCCUCCGUGCCGACGUGGUCUCUGGGCCCGGCCGUAGCGGUGCCUGUGACCGCCCUCCCCUCCGGGCCGGCUGCAGCCCCUGCGGCCCCCACCCCCCGCCUGAGCCUGGCCCCCGCCCGCCACCGCACGUGCAGCCGGGCCGGGGGAGCGGGGCGCCGGCUCCCGGGCUGGCGGCUCGCGAGGCUGACGCGCUCUCGCCCGUUUGCAGACUACGUCUACUUCGAGAACUCCUCCAGCAACCCGUACCUGAUCCGGAGGAUCGAGGAGCUCAACAAGACGGCCAACGGGAACGUGGAGGCCAAGGUGGUAUGCUUCUACAGAAGGCGGGACAUCUCCAGCACGCUCAUCGCCCUGGCCGACAAGCACGCCACCCUGUCGGUCUGCUAUAAAACCGGAUCGGGGGCCGACAACGGCGAGGAAGGUGAAACAGAGGAGGAAAUGGAGAACCCAGAAAUGGCAGACCUGCCCGAGAAGCUCAAGCACCAGCUGAGGCAUCGAGAGCUCUUCCUCUCUAGACAGCUGGAGUCGCUGCCCGCCACCCACAUCAGAGGGAAGUGCAGCGUCACUUUGCUCAACGAGACCGAGUCCCUCAAGUCCUACCUGGAACGGGAGGAUUUCUUCUUCUACUCUCUCGUCUACGACCCGCAGCAGAAGACCCUGCUGGCCGACAAGGGGGAGAUCCGCGUCGGGAACCGGUACCAGGCGGACAUCACCGACCUGCUGAAAGAAGGCGAGGAGGACGGCCGAGACCAGGCCAAGCUGGAGACCAAGGUGUGGGAGGUUCACAACCCGCUGGUGGACAAGCAGAUCGACCAGUUCCUGGUGGUGGCCCGCUCCGUGGGCACCUUUGCACGCGCCCUGGACUGCAGCAGCUCUGUCCGACAGCCCAGCCUGCACAUGAGCGCCGCGGCCGCCUCUCGGGACAUCACCCUGUUCCACGCCAUGGACACGCUGCACAGGAGUGUGUACGAUGUCGCCAAGGCCAUCUCGGCCCUGGUGCCGCAGGGUGGGCCCGUCCUCUGCAGGGACGAGAUGGAAGAGUGGUCGGCCUCGGAGGCCAGCCUUUUCGAGGAGGCCCUGGAGAAGUAUGGGAAGGAUUUCACGGACAUUCAGCAAGACUUCCUCCCCUGGAAGUCGCUCACCAGCAUCAUCGAGUACUACUAUAUGUGGAAGACCACCGACAGAUACGUGCAGCAGAAACGCUUGAAAGCAGCUGAAGCGGAGAGCAAGUUAAAGCAAGUUUAUAUCCCCAACUAUAACAAGCCAAACCCGAACCAGAUCAGCGUCAAUAACGUCAAGGCAGGCGUGGUGAACGGUGCCGGGGCGCCGGGCCAGAGCCCUGGGGCCGGCCGGGCCUGCGAGAGCUGUUACACCACCCAGUCUUACCAGUGGUAUUCUUGGGGUCCCCCUAACAUGCAGUGUCGCCUCUGCGCAUCUUGUUGGACAUAUUGGAAGAAAUAUGGUGGCUUGAAAAUGCCAACCCGGUUAGAUGGAGAGAGGCCAGGACCCAACCGCAGUAACAUGAGCCCCCACGGCAUCCCAGCCCGGAGCAGCGGAAGCCCCAAGUUUGCCAUGAAGACGAGACAGGCCUUCUACCUGCACACCACCAAGCUCACGCGGAUCGCCCGGCGCCUGUGCCGUGAGAUCCUGCGCCCGUGGCAUGCUGCCCGGCACCCCUACAUGCCCAUCAACAGUGCGGCCAUCAAGGCUGAGUGCACGGCACGGCUGCCUGGAGCCUCUCAGAGCCCGCUGGUUCUGAAGCAGGCUGCGCGGAAGCCCCUGGAGGCCGUCCUGCGGCACCUCGAGACCCACCCCCGCCCCCCGAAGCCCGACCCUGUGAAGAGCGUGUCCGGCGUGCUCGGUGGCCUGACCCCAGCCAAGUCGGCCCCCGUCAUCAACAACGGCUCCCCCACCAUUCUGGGCAAGAGGAGCUACGAGCAGCACAACGGGGUGGACGGCAACGUGAAGAAACGCCUCUUGAUGCCCAGCAGGGGCACCUACCUGGGUUUGGCGAAUCACGGACAGACCAGGCACAUGGGACCAAGCCGGAACCUGCUGCUCAACGGGAAGGCGUACCCCACCAAGGUGCGGCUGAUCCGGGGGGGCUCCCUGCCCCCCGUCAAGCGGCGGCGGAUGAACUGGAUCGACGCCCCCGACGACGUGUUCUACAUGGCCACCGAGGAGACCAGGAAGAUCCGCAAGCUGCUCUCGUCCUCCGAGAGGCAGAGCCGGCGCUGGCCUCGGGCUCCCUCGCCAGGGUGGCUCCAGAGGCGCCCCCAGCCUGGGCUCUCCCGGCCCGCCAUGGGGGUGGACGCUCAGGGAAAGGCACUGGCGAGCAGCGAGCAGCGCGUGGCAGGCCUGGCCCGCAUACCUGCCUCCCGGAGGCCCUGGCCCGAUGCCCACCACCUGGCAGGGGGUGGUCUGGACCUGGCCUGGGACCCAGACUGGCAGGUGCCUGGCUUCCGUCGGGGCAGCCAGCAUAGCUGGGUCAGCCGGCCGGCCAGCCUGCUCCUGGCAGAGCCCUGCCCCAGCUGUCUGCGGGUUUUUGCCAGGAACUGCAGGGCCACCCCUAGCAGACUUGAGGCUCAGCUGGGGAUGGAGGUCCAGAGGAGAGCCCAUGAGAAGGCAGAGCCCCUGGGAGGUGGCCCCAGCGUCCUCCAGGUCCCCCAGAACCCUGGGUUAGGGCCGGGUCCUGCAUGGCUCCAGGUGCAGGUGCGCCCCCGCCCCCGCGGCGCCCGGACCCCGGGGGCGGGCUCCCGACGCCCCGCCCCGGACGCAGACCAAUGGGAGCACAGACAGCCGGUCGGGCGGGGCGGGCGGGCGGCGGCGGCGGCGGGGAGACAGGCGCGGGCGGAGGACACGGGCUGA